UGGGGAUACACCCCUGUCGUGAAUGUUGCUGGUUGCUUGAUGACGACGUUCUCGAAAAUCUACACAAGCUUCACCAGGACGAAAUUGCAUUGGACGGACUGGGCAUCUCGAGCUCACUCCCCCAAACAGACUGCGCUGAUGAACUUGAGAACAUGCACAGAGCUUUAAAUUACCUGGCGCUCUCGCCCACCCGGUAGCUGCAGAAGAUUCUGGUCGCAUCCCCGCCCUCAAACACCACACAGCUCGCCCACCAUGCAGGCGACACGGCCGCUCUUGUUCAAGGGCUUCAUUGGCCGCAGCGUCGACGAGCUCAAGAGGCUUUCCCAUAUUGUUUUCAGCCUCGAAGGCAUCAAGGGCGGCGCCGCCCCUUACGAACUCCACAACUUCCGCAGCCCGACCUCGAUCCAGGACUGCAAGCUCAUGUCCGACGUAGAGAUUGGCGGCGUCUCGGAAGCAAACCUCGACUGGAUACCCUCGCCGCCCGCCUCCUCGGGCCUCCAACGCCCAUCCCCCAACUCCCUCGGCUACGCCCGGUUCCACGGAACUAUCUCGACCCAACUCCCCAAAAACCGCCCCGACAUCAAGCGAACCGGCUACGCGGCCUUCCGGACGCGGGACCGACCGCCCACCAUCUUCGGGCGCAGCCUGUACAACAUCGACCCGUACGUGUACCUGGCGCUGCGGGUCAAGUCGGACGGGCGCAGCUACUUCAUCAACGUGCAGACGGAGUCGGUGGUGCCGACCGACCUGCACCAGCACCGGCUCUUCGUCAAGAAGCCGGGGGAGUGGGAGACGGUGCUGGUCAAGUGGAACGACUUUGUGCGCACCAACUACGGCUUCGUCGUCGAGCCCCAGACCGAGAUCAUGCGCCAGAAGGUCAAGUCCAUCGGCAUCGGCCUGACCGACAGGAUACCCGGCCCGUUCGAGCUGUGCAUCGAGCGGAUGUGGGCGACGAAUAGCGAGAGCGAGGCGGAUACUGUGUUGGAGGCGCCGUCAGUGAAGUCUAAGGAAGCGGCCGAUGGGCCGCCGCCGAAGGAAGGGAAACUAAAGACGAAACAAGGGCAGAAGAUUGGUUGGGGGGAUAAAUGAUGGGAGGGUAGUGUAUAUCGGGGCUGUAUGGAGUGCUAUUCUCACGACACGUUAUUUUUGAGGGCGCUGGGGCACACCCGAGAUUGGGUACCUAAAAAAACAGGGGAACAGGGAGCGGUUGUUACGGUUGCGAGUCGAGCGGUUUACUGCGUUGGCGUUAACUGACUGGCAUAUCUACAUGUAUAUCACCGAGCCUCUUGGCUAUCGCUCUGUACGAAUAACAGUCAAAUGUGAAAGUCUAACAUUUGGCUAACGUUUGACCCCACGGCAUCUCGAAUUACUCUGCCGCGGAUGCGCCAACACCACA